UCACGCCCCCCCUAUUCAACCACGUGGACCUGCUAACUACAAAAGAUGUUUCGUGUUCUCUCUUCUCUCCUCAGACACCCUCCGCUCACCAGUCACCUGUCACUAGCUCACAGAGGGUGGGCUGAUGUCCCACACACAUGGAGGGGGGUAGUGCGGGGACUAAAUACCUCGGCUACUAUUAGAGGCCUUGAUGAUUUCUUUCCCCAGACAGAUAAUCCAGUGGAGGAAGGGGAGAGGUCAGGCCGGCCGUGGCUGGCCAGAGAACUGAGGCACAAGAGCAGUGACAACCUACACAAGCUAUGGUAUGUGUUGUUGAAGGAGCGCAACAUGUUACUCACUAUCAAACAAGAAGCCAACAGAGCGCUGUUUAUAAUGCCUGGACCAGAGCGUCUCCGGAAGGUUAGGCGGUCAAUGGCACGGAUCAAAGUGGUUCUCUUUGAAAGAGAGAAUGCAUUGAGGGAAGCAAAGCGACAACUUGAAGGAACAGAAUCUGCUGAGUCAGCAGUCAAGAAGCCGAGUCGCCUGGCACCCUACAAGAUACGUAAGAUGCUGUCCAAGAGACAACGCAGAGUGAGGGCAUUGGGAGACCGGCAGCCAUCACAGCAGGACAGGGUUAUCAAGAAGAGAAGGAAUGUCAGAAACUACAAACACAUUGCAGCAGUUAGAGAACUAGAACAGAAAUCAUAGCACAGUAUAAUUAUAUUAAUUUUUGUCUUUGUGAAUUCAGAAUUAAAAAAAUUGAACAACAUUGCACACAAA